UCCUCUUUGGGAAAUCUCAGUUCAACCAAAGGCUAACGGAAGGGCUUUGGAUUUUCCUGCAAAGUUACAUAGAGCAAUGUUCUGUGAUGGUGCCCGAGAUGCGUGGACUGAGCCCAGGCCGAAGGCUGCCCGAGCCUGCCCUGUGCCCGGCUACGGGAGGGAGCCCUGAGCCUGGGGCUGCUGGCCGGCGUCGCCACGUCCUGGCCCUGCCCGAGGAGGAGGCAUGGCGGCCACAGCAGUGUGCCCUGCUCGAGGCCGAUGCCUCCGACGAGGUGGGCAUGCUGCCCGCUUCCCCACGCUCUGCGAUGGCCGGCUUCGACAACUUCUUCCCGGUGCAGGAGGGCGAGGGCCCGGGCUGGGAGGGCAGCUCCAUGCUGGAUGCAGGCUCCAGCACCUUCCUCCCUGUGAGCCCGGAGGUCAUGAAGCGGAGGCGUGGGGGCCUCAUCGAGCAGCGGGACAUCAUCAAGGCCCACGAGGCACACAAGAUGCAGAGCACCCCGCAGGCCCGACGAAAGGAGUGGGAGAUGGCUCGCUUCGGGGAGGCGGUGGUCGUUGGCAGGCCGGGCUCAGGCGAUGGAGACUCGGACCAGAGCAGGAACCGGCAAGGAACCCCUGUACCGGCCUCGGGGCCGGCAGCCGCCUACAAGCAGUCGAAAGCGCAGAGGGCGCGGACUAUGGCUUUGUACAACCCCAUUCCUGUCCGGCAGAACUGUUUCACGGUCAACAGAUCCCUGUUCAUCUUCGGAGAAGAUAACAUUGUCAGGAAAUACGCCAAGAAGCUCAUCGAUUGGCCGCCAUUUGAGUACAUGAUCCUGGCCACCAUCAUUGCCAACUGCAUCGUCUUGGCCCUGGAGCAGCAUCUUCCUGAGGAUGACAAGACCCCGAUGUCCCGAAGGCUGGAAAAGACAGAACCAUAUUUCAUUGGGAUCUUCUGCUUUGAAGCUGGGAUCAAAAUCGUGGCUCUAGGUUUCAUCUUCCAUAAAGGUUCAUACCUCCGCAACGGCUGGAAUGUCAUGGACUUCAUCGUGGUCCUCAGUGGCAUCCUGGCCACUGCGGGAACCCACUUCAACACCCAUGUGGACUUGCGGACCCUCCGUGCCGUGCGUGUCCUGAGGCCUUUAAAGCUCGUGUCAGGAAUACCUAGCCUGCAGAUUGUGUUGAAGUCCAUCAUGAAGGCCAUGGUGCCUCUUCUGCAGAUUGGCCUUCUGCUCUUCUUUGCCAUCCUCAUGUUCGCCAUCAUUGGCUUGGAGUUCUACAGUGGCAAGUUACAUCGAGCAUGCUUCAUGAACAAUUCAGGUAUUCUAGAGGGAUUUGAUCCUCCCCACCCGUGUGGUGUGCAGGGCUGCCCAGCUGGUUACGAAUGCAAGGACUGGAUCGGCCCCAAUGACGGGAUCACCCAGUUUGACAACAUCCUUUUUGCUGUGCUGACUGUCUUCCAAUGCAUCACGAUGGAAGGGUGGACCACUGUGCUGUACAAUACCAAUGAUGCCUUAGGAGCCACCUGGAAUUGGCUGUACUUCAUCCCCCUCAUCAUCAUUGGAUCCUUCUUUGUUCUCAACCUUGUCCUGGGAGUGCUUUCAGGGGAAUUUGCCAAAGAAAGAGAGAGGGUGGAGAACCGGAGAGCAUUCAUGAAGCUGCGGCGCCAGCAACAGAUUGAGAGAGAGCUGAAUGGCUACCGUGCCUGGAUAGACAAAGCAGAGGAAGUCAUGCUUGCUGAAGAAAAUAAAAACGCUGGAACAUCAGCCUUGGAAGUGCUUCGAAGGGCAACCAUCAAAAGGAGCCGGACGGAGGCCAUGACCCGAGACUCCAGCGAUGAGCACUGCGUUGAUAUCUCUUCUGUGGGCACACCUCUUGCCAGAGCCAGUAUCAAGAGCACAAAGGUAGAUGGGGCCUCCUAUUUCCGGCACAAGGAACGGCUUCUGCGUAUUUCUAUCCGGCACAUGGUCAAAUCCCAAGUGUUUUACUGGAUCGUCUUGAGUGUUGUGGCUCUCAAUACUGCCUGUGUGGCCAUUGUUCAUCACAACCAACCCCAGUGGCUCACUCACCUCCUCUACUAUGCAGAAUUUUUGUUUCUGGGACUUUUUCUGUUGGAGAUGUCCCUGAAGAUGUAUGGCAUGGGACCACGCCUUUAUUUUCAUUCCUCAUUCAACUGCUUUGAUUUUGGGGUCACAGUGGGCAGCAUCUUUGAGGUGGUCUGGGCAAUAUUCAGACCUGGUACAUCUUUUGGAAUCAGUGUCUUACGAGCUCUCCGACUCCUAAGGAUAUUUAAAAUAACCAAGUAUUGGGCAUCCCUUAGGAAUCUGGUUGUCUCCUUGAUGAGCUCCAUGAAGUCUAUCAUCAGCUUGCUCUUCCUCCUCUUCCUCUUCAUCGUUGUCUUCGCUCUCCUAGGAAUGCAGCUCUUUGGAGGCAGGUUUAACUUUAAUGAUGGGACUCCUUCAGCUAAUUUUGACACCUUCCCUGCAGCUAUCAUGACAGUGUUCCAGAUCCUAACGGGGGAAGACUGGAAUGAGGUGAUGUACAACGGCAUCCGCUCCCAGGGUGGGGUCAGCUCGGGCAUGUGGUCUGCCAUCUACUUCAUUGUGCUCACCUUGUUUGGAAACUACACACUGCUGAACGUAUUCUUGGCCAUCGCUGUGGACAAUCUGGCCAAUGCCCAGGAAUUGACCAAGGACGAACAGGAGGAGGAAGAAGCCUUCAACCAGAAACAUGCACUGCAGAAGGCCAAGGAGGUUAGCCCGAUGUCUGCACCCAACAUGCCUUCUAUUGAAAGAGACAGAAGGAGAAGACACCACAUGUCGAUGUGGGAGCCGCGCAGCAGCCACCUGAGGGAGCGGAGGCGCCGGCACCACAUGUCUGUAUGGGAACAACGCACCAGCCAGUUGAGGAGGCACAUGCAAAUGUCUAGCCAAGAAGCCCUCAACAAAGAAGAGGCCCCGCCAAUGAACCCCCUCAAUCCACUCAAUCCACUGAGCCCUCUCAACCCACUCAACGCUCACCCCAGCCUCUAUCGGAGACCCAGGCCCAUUGAGGGCCUAGCCCUGGGCCUGGGUCUUGAGAAGUGUGAAGAGGAGCGCAUCAGCCGCGGGGGUUCCCUCAAGGGCAGUGUAGGGGCCCUGACCAGUGCCCUGGACAACCAGAGGAGCCCCUUGUCCUUGGGAAAACGGGAGCCACCAUGGCUGCCCAGAUCCUGUCAUGGAAACUGUGACCCGACCCAGCAGGAAGCUGGGGGAGGAGAGACCGUGGUGACUUUUGAGGACCGAGCCAGACAUAGGCAGAGCCAGAGGCGCAGCCGCCAUCGCCGCGUCAGGACUGAGGGCAAGGAGUCUGCCUCCGUGUCACGGAGCAGGUCCGCCAGCCAGGAGCGGAGUCUGGAUGAAGGGGUGUCCAUUGAGGGAGAGAAAGAACAUGAACCUCAGGGCAGCCACAGAAGCAAGGAGCCGACCAUCCAUGAAGAGGAAAGAACUCAGGACUUGAGAAGGACCAACAGUCUGAUGGUACCCAGGGGCUCUGGACUGGUAGGAGCUCUUGAUGAGGCAGAAACUCCUCUAGUCCAGCCCCAGCCUGAGUUGGAAGUGGGGAAGGAUGCGGCUCUGGCAGAGCAGGAAGCUGAAGGCAGCAGCGAGCAAGCCCUGCUUGGGGACGUCCAGCUGGACGUGGGCCGGGGCAUUAGCCAGAGCGAGCCUGACCUCUCCUGCAUGACAGCCAACAUGGACAAGGCUACCACCGAGAGCACCAGCGUCACGGUCGCCAUCCCUGAUGUUGACCCCUUGGUGGAUUCAACAGUGGUGCACAUUAGCAACAAGACUGAUGGAGAAGCCAGUCCCUUGAAGGAGGCAGAGACCAAAGAGGAAGAAGAAGAGGUGGAGAAGAAAAAGAAGAAGGAGAAGCGAGAGACUGGCAAAGCCAUGGUGCCCCAUAGCUCUAUGUUCAUCUUCAGCACCACUAACCCGAUCCGCAGGGCCUGCCACUACAUUGUGAACCUACGCUACUUUGAGAUGUGCAUCCUCCUGGUGAUUGCGGCCAGCAGCAUUGCCCUGGCAGCCGAGGACCCUGUCCUGACCAAUUCGGAGCGCAAUAAAGUCCUGAGAUAUUUCGACUAUGUUUUCACCGGCGUGUUUACCUUUGAGAUGGUUAUAAAGAUGAUAGACCAAGGCUUGAUCCUGCAGGAUGGAUCCUACUUCCGAGACCUCUGGAACAUCCUGGACUUUGUGGUAGUGGUUGGUGCAUUGGUAGCCUUUGCUCUGGCAACCAACAAGGGGCGGGACAUCAAGACUAUCAAGUCUCUGAGGGUACUCCGAGUUCUGCGACCACUGAAAACCAUCAAGCGCUUGCCCAAGCUGAAGGCUGUGUUUGACUGUGUGGUGACCUCCCUGAAGAAUGUCUUCAACAUACUCAUUGUCUACAAACUCUUCAUGUUCAUCUUUGCUGUCAUCGCCGUCCAGCUCUUCAAAGGGAAGUUCUUCUAUUGCACCGACAGCUCGAAGGACACAGAGAAGGAGUGCAUAGGCAACUAUGUAGAUCACGAGAAAAAUAAGAUGGAGGUAAAGGGCCGGGAAUGGAAGCGUCAUGAGUUCCACUAUGACAACAUCAUCUGGGCCCUGCUGACCCUCUUCACUGUCUCCACGGGGGAAGGGUGGCCUCAGGUCCUGCAGCAUUCUGUAGAUGUGACAGAGGAAGACAGAGGCCCAAGCCGCAGCAACCGCAUGGAGAUGUCCAUCUUUUAUGUGGUCUACUUUGUGGUGUUCCCUUUCUUCUUCGUCAAUAUCUUUGUAGCUCUCAUCAUCAUCACCUUCCAGGAGCAAGGGGAUAAGAUGAUGGAGGAGUGUAGCCUGGAAAAGAACGAGCGGGCAUGCAUUGACUUCGCCAUUAGUGCCAAACCCCUCACCCGCUACAUGCCGCAGAACAGACACACCUUCCAGUACCGCGUCUGGCACUUUGUGGUUUCUCCAUCCUUUGAGUAUACCAUCAUGGCCAUGAUCGCCUUGAACACUGUCGUGCUGAUGAUGAAGUACUAUUCUGCUCCUUGCACCUAUGAACUUGCCCUAAAGUACCUGAACAUUGCCUUCACCAUGGUGUUCUCCCUGGAAUGUGUCCUAAAGGUCAUCGCUUUUGGCUUCCUGAACUAUUUCCGAGAUACCUGGAAUAUCUUUGACUUCAUCACAGUGAUUGGCAGUAUCACAGAAAUUAUCCUGACAGACAGCAAGCUGGUGAACACCAGUGGCUUCAAUAUGAGCUUUCUGAAGCUCUUCCGAGCUGCGCGCCUCAUAAAGCUUUUGCGUCAGGGCUACACCAUUCGCAUCUUACUGUGGACCUUUGUGCAGUCCUUUAAGGCUCUCCCCUAUGUCUGCCUUCUGAUUGCCAUGCUUUUCUUCAUCUAUGCCAUCAUUGGGAUGCAGGUAUUUGGAAACAUAAAGUUAGAUGAGGAGAGUCACAUCAACCGGCACAACAACUUCCGGAGUUUCUUCGGGUCCCUCAUGCUGCUCUUCAGGAGUGCCACGGGGGAGGCUUGGCAGGAGAUAAUGCUGUCGUGUCUCGGCGAGAAGGGCUGUGAGCCUGAUACCACCGCACCCUCAGGGCAGAACGAGAGUGAGCGCUGUGGCACUGACCUGGCCUACGUGUACUUUGUCUCCUUCAUCUUCUUCUGCUCCUUCCUGAUGCUCAACCUGUUCGUGGCGGUCAUCAUGGAUAACUUUGAGUACCUGACUCGAGAUUCCUCUAUCCUGGGACCUCACCACUUGGAUGAGUUUGUCCGUGUCUGGGCAGAAUAUGACAGAGCAGCAUGCGGCAGGAUCCCGUAUAAGGAUAUGUACAAAUUAGUGCGGGUGAUCUCGCCUCCUCUGGGCCUGGGAGAGAACUGCCCCUACAGGGUGGCUUGCAAGAGGUUGGUCCUGAUGAACAUGCCAGUGGCUGAGGACAUGACAGUCCACUUUACCUCCACACUUAUGGCUCUGAUCCGGACAGCCCUGGACAUCAAAAUCGCCAAAGGUGGUGCAGACAGACAGCAGCUAGACUCGGAGCUACAAAAAGAAACUCUGGCCAUUUGGCCUCACCUAUCCCAGAAGAUGCUGGAUCUGCUUGUGCCCAUGCCCAAAGCCUCUGACCUAACAGUGGGCAAAAUCUAUGCAGCAAUGAUGAUCAUGGACUACUAUAAACAGAGCAAGGUGAAGAAGCAGAGACAGCAGCUGGAAGAACAGAAAAAUGCACCCAUGUUUCAGCGCAUGGAGCCCUCAUCACUGCCGCAGGAGAUCAUCGCUAAUGCCAAAGCGCUGCCUUAUCUCCAGCAGGACCCUGGUUCAGGCCUGAGUGGUCGGAGUGGAUACCCUUCAAUGAGUCCACUCUCCCCGCAAGAAAUAUUCCAGUUGGCUUGUAUGGACCCUGCUGAUGAUGGACAAUUCCAGGAACAGCAAUCUCUGGAGCCAGAGGUUAGUGAAUUAAAAAGUGUGCAGUCCUCUAACCAUGGCAUCUACCUUCCUCCGGACACCCAGAAGCAUGCGGGAUCUGGGAGGGCAUCCUCUAUGCCACGACUGACUAUGGACCCCCAGGUGGUAACAGACCCUAGUUCUAUGCGACGUUCAUUUUCUACAAUUCGGGAUAAGCGUUCAAAUUCUUCAUGGUUGGAGGAGUUCUCCAUGGAGCGUAGCAGUGAAAAUACCUACAAGUCGCGGCGCAGAAGCUACCAUUCCUCCCUGAGGCUGUCAGCCCACCGCCUGAAUUCUGACUCUGGCCACAAGUCUGACACUCACCGUUCGGGAGGCAGGGAGAGAGGCCGAUCCAAAGAGAGAAAGCACCUUCUCUCCCCUGAUGUCUCCCGCUGCAAUUCUGAGGAGCGAGGGACCCAGGCUGACUGGGAAUCCCCAGAACGACGCCAGUCCAGGUCACCCAGCGAGGGAAGAUCACAGACCCCCAACAGACAGGGCACUGGUUCCCUGAGCGAGAGCUCCAUUCCCUCCAUCUCUGACACCAGCACUCCAAGACGAAGUCGUCGCCAGCUCCCACCUGUGCCACCAAAGCCUCGGCCCCUCCUCUCCUACAGCUCCCUGAUGAGACACACCGGGGGCAUCUCUCCUCCUCCUGAUGGAAGUGAGGGUGGCUCCCCGCUGGCCUCUCAAGCCCUGGAGAGCAACAGCGCUUGCCUGACCGAGUCUUCCAAUUCCUUGCACCCCCAGCAGGGCCAGCACUCUUCCCCUCAACACUACAUCUCCGAGCCCUAUCUGGCCCUCCACGAAGACUCCCACGCCUCAGACUGUGGCGAGGAGGAGACACUCACCUUUGAGGCAGCCGUGGCUACUAGCUUGGGCCGCUCCAACACCAUCGGCUCCGCCCCACCCCUGCGGCACAGCUGGCAGAUGCCUAACGGGCACUAUCGGCGGCGGAGGCGUGGGGGGCCUGGGCCUGGCAUGAUGUGUGGAGCUGUCAGUGACCUCCUCAGUGACACGGAAGAAGAUGAUAAGUGCUAGAGGCUGCCAUCCCCUCCGAUGCAUGCUCUUCUCUCACAGGGAGAAAACCAAGACCAAAUUGGGAAGCCAGUGCGGCCCGGGGGGAGGAAGAGGGAGAAGGAAGAUGGAGGAAGGACGCCAUGCAUCCUCUGAAAAGAGGAAGUAAAAGACAGAUGGAAAACCAGUCAAACCCACCAAUUUGCUUUAUUUCCCUUUGCAAGAUGGGCACUGCCAUAGUCCUGCCUCUUUGCUGGGGAAAGAAAAUACAGGGAUGUGGGGGGUUAUUCCCAUGGGAGAAGGGACACAAAGGUGGCUUGGCUUCCCUUGCCCCUUCCCACUUUUCUAUGAGCUGCAGCAGGAUCUGGCUGGCCUGUGUCUAAGCUCAUUGCCCUGAGCAGCUGGGAAGACUUCCUGGCAUCUCAUCGCAGGAAGAGUGGAGACAGUAGAAGAAUCUCCGUGCCAGUUCUUGCGCUUUGGCUGCCCCCAGGGCAACCCCAGCAGCAUCUCAUGCAUUGUUCUUGGGGCUUGCUUCCCCCAAAGAGACACACGCUAAGUCAAGAGCGCUGGAUGCUGACGGGAAAAGGGAGGGCGGGAGAGAAGGGCCAGAGUAGAAGGGCCCAAGGUGCUGUGGCAGCAGCAGCAAGGGCUGGUCUGGGUGAGAAAAGCCAUAGCACAGCAGCCCAUACCAUGAAGGUGAGGGCCAAAGAAGCAGAAUUGGAGGUGCUGGUGGGUACGGUAGUAGACCCUGUGGUCUGUUACCCACACAGUAGGUGCUGUGGUAGAUAGACUAGAGACAGAGGUUCCCUAGGGCCCCAAAGGUGCCUGUAGCUCCGGUAAAGGUAAUAUUAACUCCAAUAGCCAGGGCCCAACCCCAGUAGGGUUCAGCCACAGUGUGGGAACCCCAUGCAGUUCUCAGCCUUGGCCCUUUAGAUUCUAGUCAGAGGGGACCCCCAACAAUAGGGACAAGACAGAGAAGGAGACCUAAGGGACUCUAGGCAGACUCAAUUUUCCAACAAUCACAAGAGGAACUCGGUACGAGUGACCACAGUGGGCUGGAAGCAGCAGGCCUCUGUCAAGCAGCAAGGCUACCGCUAAGCCAAGCCCAGAAUAGUCAAGUAUCAACAGCUAAGUGUUCUCUACCAGUUCCCCAAGUGGACAGUGAACACACAUCCAAGGAGACCCCUGUGUAGUGACUUCCAGAGAAUGGUCCCUAAGGAAGUCAUCCUGAGGACCCCUUGUGAGGAGAAACCCUUGGGCCUGAAGCUUGUGUGGCUGGUUUGGGGUUUGGAGAGUAAGUUGGUGAGGAUGCUUUAAGGUGAUUAGUAACCAUACCUCAGUUUUGACCUGGGCUGCUUUUAGUAAAAAUAGGCUCUGAUGGGGCCCCGACUUUCUCUGAAUGUUCCCUGAGCCAGGGCUGGGCUUCAUCCCUUCCCCAAAGUAAAAGAUGGGUAGAAGACAGCCUCAGGCCACUCCCCCAAAGCAGAAGCACUGAGGGAAAAUAGGAGCCUUCCUUAGUCACUUCUGUAAGUGAUGAACACAGCAGAGAGCUCCAUUCUGUGGGACUCGUCACCCUUCGGCCUCUCUCCGGUAUCAUCAGAGCUGAACCGAUGCCUUGGAGCCAGGUGUUGGGCGGGACUGCCCUCUCUAGCUUCUUCACCUGACCCUCCCCAGUGAGACUCGAGGACUUCACACUGCACUCAGUGGAUCGGCUUUCUAUCCUCUUCCAGCCUCGGCAGAGUCCUUCGGGACUCUUGUGGAGGAGCGGCCCUUCUCUCUCAGCAGGAGCUUCUCCUCCGGGGUUUCCUUUCUAUCCUUCUGUCCCACUCUUCCUAGCCCUGGCCUAGCGGCAUGAGCUCUGACAAGCCAAGUUCUCCCCCCCCCCAUGUGAGCAUGUGGCGGCAGUCACCUGCCACAGUCCCACCUUCUCUUUUGCGUAUCAAUGGAGCUUCGAGAACCAUGGUCAGCCCCGAACCAAAGUGGUCCCAGGACAGGUGACCGGUGACCGAUGAGGCAGACGUAAGGCCUGCCGACUCUCAGAUCCUCUUCCGCCGCCAUCGCUUCAUUUCCUCUCCCUCGCAGCACGUGUGUGCUCGGGGGCCGCUGAGAAUAUGAGCAUAAUCCUAACAGAGGAGAUUGUUACAUAAGAAUAAUGCUGGGCCUUGUGUUGUUUUAAAGGUUUUCUUUGCUCAGCCUCAUUUCAUGCCAAAGUGCUGCUAUGGGCCUCCUUGUGUGCACAAAAUUGCUUUCCUCUACCUUGGACUUGCAGCUUUCCAUAGGGGAAAGCCUGCAACAGGAUGACCAUCCUGAGCCAGCAAGCCUGUUGGAUGGUGUCUGGAGAAAUUCGAUUGCGGAGAUAUGUCAUUGCCAUCCCUGUAGUGGGAGAACUGUGGGCUGCCAGCACAGUGACCAGCUAUGGAAUUUGCCUGCAAAUAAUAACAUGAUCAUUAAACUUACUAUGCCUGAA